UUGGGCGCAACAGUGAACAGGUUUCGUAUAAAACCACCAAAGUUUACUGCAACUUGUUCAUGAAUGAAGUUGGAAAACUCCCUCCACUCUCUCCCACUCCACAUGAAUCUGCGUACACUAAGAAUUCUCGGCGACGUCAACUCGUCGACGACGGAGCAAGUUAACUACAAUGUCAAUUCAGACCUCGUGCUCAUCCUCGCUGCCCUACUUUGCGCCCUACUCUGCGUCCUAGGCCUUGUCGCCGUAGCUCGCUGCGCCUGGACGCGACGAAUCUCAGCCUCUCCGCCACCGCAACAAAACAAAGGCCUCAACAAGGAAGUCCUCAAGUCGCUUCCCAAACUAGCCUACACGGCCGACGACGAGGCCGGAAAGUUGUCCGAUUGCGCCAUUUGCUUGACGGAAUUCGCCGUCGGAGAUGAAAUCCGGGUGUUGCCGAAUUGCGGCCACGGAUUCCACGUCGGAUGCAUCGACACGUGGCUCGGGUCUCAUUCCUCGUGCCCGUCGUGUCGUCAGUUUCUGGUGGCCGCCCCGCGAUGCCACAACUGUGGUGGUUCGGUCGCCGGAGCUGAGACGCCGGCGGCGGCCAGAUUAGGACAACGUAUAGAAGAUAGUGUGAUUAGGUUCUUGCCCUAGCUAAUUUAGUGAUUAUUACUUGUGGUUUCACUGUUGUAUUAGUAUUAGGGUUCACUAAGUAGAAUGAGUGUUGUGUGAUCUGAAUUGUGUAAUUUAUAAACUGUUAUUUGCAGCAUGUGAAAUUGAAGUUCGCUGUUGUUGUUCAUUCCUUCAA